ACUGCCAUCCAUGGGUUCUCUCUGCUAACUCUGGCCUUCUUCGUACAACGACCACUGACUGCUUCAGCUCGUCGUGUUUCCGUCGCCUCCUUUCUACCAAUCAAUCUCACUGGAAGGAACGUUCGUUCUUAUAUCUCAUAAUGAUGUAGACAUCACAUAUACGAAGCACUCAAUGGAACGUUCCACAGGGAUGGUCAAAAUGCUUAUGAAGAACUCCAACGAUCCUCACCUCGCAUGGAUGCUCCUCAAGCGUACUCUCGAUUCUUCCGACACUAGUUCCAUCUGCUGUUCCGCACCUCGAAUCAUUCCCAUUCUCGUCCGCGCUGGAAUGUUCUCCGAGAUCAACGCACUCCGCGAUCAUCUCCUACGUCUACCCGUGCCGCAAUAUAAACUUCUGUAUUCAAUUGUGAGGGUUUUAGCCAGCGAAGGCCACAUUCACAAGGCCAUGUCCCAUUUCCAAUACUUUCGAGCCCAAUCACCGCACACGCCCCCAAUUUCACUGUACAAUUUACUUAUCAAAGCUUCGAUCAAGGAAAAUUGCACUGAUUUCAUGUCGUGGCUGUAUAAAGACAUGACAAUUUCGAAGGUACGCCUGGAAACAUAUACUUUCAACCUAUUGAUUACUGCAUUGUGCGAUUGUGGUUUGUUGGAGUAUGCACGAGAGGUGUUCGAUAAAAUGCGCGAGAAAGGAUGUGAGUCGAAUGAGUACAGCUUUGGAAUUUUGAUCCGUGGGUAUUGUAGGCUAGGGUUUGGCUGUAAAGCUUUGGAGCUUCUUGAUUUAAUGAGGAGGACAGCCGUUACUCCUAAUAUGGUUAUAUACAACACACUGAUUAGUUUUUUCUGUAAGAAAGGAGAUAAUGAUGAAGCAGAGAGAUUAGUGGAGAUGAUGAAAGAUGAUGAUCUAACCCCAAAUAUUGUUACCUUUAACUCUAGAAUUUCUGCUCUUUGUAAAACAGGGAAGAUUUUGGAAGCCUCGAGGAUAUUUACAGAUAUGCAAGUGGAUGAGGUAUUGGGCUUGCCCAAGCCUAAUUCGAUCACAUAUAACUUGAUGUUGGAUGGGUUUUGUAGGGAGGGAUUGUUGGAAGAAGCAGAGGCUCUGGUUCAGUCCAUGAAAAGAGACCGGUUUUUCUCAACUUUGAAUAGUUAUAACACAUGGUUACGGGGUAUGGUAAGGAAUGGGAAGCUUUUGAAGGCUGAAAUGAUCUUAGAAGAGAUGGCAGAUAUUGGCGUGGAACCGAAUAUUUACUCGUACAAUAUUUUGAUUGAUGGGCUAUGCAAACAUGGCAUGCUUGUGGAUGCUAGGAGAAUUGUUGCUUUGAUGAAAUCUUGUGGAUGUUUUCCUGAUGUGGCGACAUAUAGCACAAUGCUGCAGGGAUAUUGUAGGAAAGGAAAGUCUGCGGAGGCCAAUAUAAUUCUGAGUGAGAUGAUUAGGAGUGGAUGUUUACCGAAUAGUUACACGUGCAAUAUUCUGCUGUGUAGCUUGUGGAGAGAAGGUAAAACAGAAGAAGCGGAGAGAUUAUUGCAAAAGAUGAAUGGAGGCGAAGGAUUGGAUAUGGUGAGCUGCAAUACUGUUAUUGAUGGGUUAUGUAGAUCUGGAAAGGUCGAUAAAGCUGUUGAAAUCGUGGGUGAAAUGUGGAAUCAUGGAAGUGCUGCUCUCGGGAACUUGGGUAACUCGUAUAUCGGUCUAGUGAAUGAACACAGGAAAAAAUGUUUGCCUGAUCUGAUUACGUAUUCAACUGUCAUUAAUGGUUUAUGCCGAGAUGGUUUGCUGGAGGAAGCCAAAAGCAUGUUUGUUGAGAUGUUGCGGAGGAAGAUAUAUCCUGAUUCAACCAUAUACGACAUUUUUGUGCACCACUUGUGCAAGAGGAACAAGAUAUCAGCUGCAUUUCAGGUUCUUAAAGACAUGGAGAAGAAGGGCUGCGACAAAACAUUACGAACUUAUAAUUGCUUGAUAUCUGGACUAGGUCGUAACAAUCAAAUAUUUGAAAUGUUUGGCCUAAUAGAUGAGAUGAAAGAAAGAGGGUUAUCCCCUAAUGUAUACACUUACAACAUCGUUCUGCACUCUUUAUGUGAGGGAGAUAAAAGUGACGAAGCAGCUUUUGUUUUAGAUGAGAUGCUGCAGAGGGGAAUCACACCUAAUAUUACUUCCUUCAAGCUGCUAAUCAAAACCUUUUGCAGGACAGGGGAGUUUAGACCCGCGCAGGAUGUGUUUGAGACUGCUAUCAGUAUCUGCGGUCACAAGGAAAUACUUUAUAGUUUGAUAUUCAACGAGCUGACUGCUGGAGGGGAAAUCUUGCUUGCAAAGCAGCUAUUUGAAGCUGUAUUGAGCAGAAAUUUUGAACUGAGUAAUUUUCAUUACAAGGAUCUUGUUAAUGCGCUAUGCAAAAAUGGCGACUUAGAAUCUGCGCAUGAGAUUCUAAGAAAAAUGCUGCAGAGUGAAUGCAAAUUUGAUCCUGCAGCUUUUAUGCCCGUCAUUGAGGAGUUAGAUAAACAGGGAAACAAACAUGAGGUUAAUGAACUUACUGAAAGAAUGCUGGAGAUUGGUUCGGAAGUGAAUGGGGAAGAUAAGGUUCCUAGAAAAAUGAUGGGGUUAAGUCAUGGUAAAAAGGGAAGUGAUUGGCAAAGUGUUGUGCACAGAGAUGAUGGGAGUGGGAUGGCCAUGAAAACUAUGAAGCGUGUGCAGAAAGGGUGGGGUUAUGGAAACUUAUCACUUUCCCAUCUGAGCCAGAAUUGAGAUGCUGCUGCUUUUGGUGAUCGAUCUGAUUCUGAGAUGGUUGUUGUGCGGUAAGGCCAGAUCAGUGACACUACAGAUCACAGCACUGUGCCGACAUGACAAUAAGUUUAAAUUGGAAUUAUGUCUGUGUUACAAGUCGAAACACCAGAGGCAGAGGCAGAGCAGGAUAUGGAUAUAUGGUUUGGUUCAAUAUUUCUGAUAAACCUUGUCCUGGUUGAGCUGCCAUGCCUGUGCUUAUAAAGAAAGAAAUCCAGCUUUUCAUUAGCAGAAGACAUUAAGUGAAGGGCAAUCCACACUGUCCUAACAAUAGUGCAGUUGUUAACUGUAAUUAGAGGUACAUUCAAUCCAAUUGUUUAUAGAUAUUAAGGUUAUUUUAGUUAUUGACGAAAUACAUUUGUUUUAUAUUUAAUGUAUUGUUGAAAUGCGGGUAAUACAAGGUGAUAUUUCAUUCGAUUGGGCACUGGUAAUAUGCUGGGCGAAGGCAGCACACAACCUUUCUAGUUUGGGUAUCUGCUAUUCGAGAAAGCUUAUGUUACUUUCUAGCUGUGUGGAGUAUGGGUGUAUUGUUCCUUUCAAAGUGUUGGUUACUAUGUUUGUGAUACUUGACUUGGUUUACGUAGCGUUCACUAUAACGUUGUAUUUGCUCUUAGUUGAUUCAUGUGUUGAUUGCUUCAUUUGAUCCUUUCAGAUCUAUGA